UGGCAUGCCCAUACAAAGCAGAUGCACGAAAUCCUUCUUCAAUGAGUGUCACAGAAUGGACAUUAGCGAUUCGACCAGAUAAGCCCUCGGACUGUAAAUGGGCAAUUGGAUCAUCUGAACCUAGUCCUCACGUACACAACAAGUGGGCACCACCAAAGUUUGGUGUAUUGGAUAACAUUUUGGAUCAUAUUGGCAACACUCCCCUGGUUAGGCUUGAUAGGAUUAAAAAGGACAAAGGCCUCAAGUGUGACCUCUUCGCGAAGUGUGAGUUCUUCAAUUCGGGGGGCAGUGUAAAAGAUAGGAUAGGAUUGAGAAUGGUUGAGGAAGCAGAGAAAGCUGGAACUAUCAAACCUGGCGUUCACACUCUUAUUGAACCAACCUCUGGAAAUACAGGUAUCGGACUGGCACUGACAGCUGCUGUGAAAGGUUAUCGCUGUAUCAUUGUUAUGCCAGAGAAGAUGAGUAAUGAGAAGGUCAGUGUUUUGAGGGCACUGGGUGCUGAAAUCGUCAGGACGCCUACUUCUGCUGCUUUCGACAGUCAAGAAUCUCACAUUGCUGUGGCCCAGAAGCUGAUGGAUGAAAUUCCUAACUCUAUUAUUUUGGAUCAGUACCGGAACGAGUACAACCCCAUUGCUCAUUAUGAUGAUACUGCUGAGGAAUUAUUCCACCAGAUGGACGGUAAGAUUGACAUGGUAGUCGCAGGAACAGGAACUGGGGGAACAGUUACUGGUAUCGCCAGAAAACUCAAGGAGAAGCUGCCAAACAUUGUGAUUGUAGGAGUUGACCCAGAAGGUUCUAGUCUAGCAUAUCCAGAAUCUCUAAACAAGGAGAGGGAAGGUGAGGCGUACCACGUGGAGGGAACAGGAUACGACUUCAUACCUACUGUUCUAGACAGAGACUGUAUCGACAAAUGGAUGAAGAGUGAGGAUGGGCCCUCUUUUGCCAUGUCCCGCCAACUCAUCAGGCAGGAGGGACUGCUUUGCGGCGGAAGUUGCGGUGCUAACGUCUACUGUGCUGUCGAGGCAGCGCGUCAUCUGCCUGCUGGGGCCCGAGUUGUCGCCAUCCUGCCAGACUCAGUAAGGAACUACAUGACUAAAUACCUCUCUGAUGACUGGAUGAUAGAGAAUGGAUUCCUGAACCCUUCUGAGGAGGACGAAUUGUCGCUUCAAUGGUGGCACAAGUUGCCCGUGUCUGUGAUAGCCAUGAAGGAUCCAAUUAUCAUCUCAUCCUCAAUGAAGUGUCAGACUGCAAUGCAGAUCAUGAAUGAUAGGAACGUGGAUCAGCUUCCUGUUGUGGACACUGACGGCUCUAUUUCAGGAGCAGUAACGCUUCAUAACAUGAUGAGAAAGGUUACUAAAGGUCAAGCUGCAGCUCAGGAUCCUGUCUCCAAAGUCAUGUACAACCAAUUCCAAAAGGUUUCUGUGGAUACAUCUCUGGCUGUAGUUUCUAAGAUGUUGGACCACGAUCACUUCGUCAUCGUUACCAAAGGGUGGCAGUACUACGAGGAUGACGGCAAACCUGCACCACGUGAAAUGUACAUUGGUACUGUCACCGCCUCCCACCUGUUAGCUUACAUCAUAGCUGGACCUCACCUUUAUACCAACGGGGUAUCAGAUGAUAAAACCGUCGGAUCAGAUGUCGAAAGUUUAAAGUCAUGUGAUAAUGAGUCGUGAUGCCGUGAUCUGAAUGACGAUGACGGUGUCCACACAGAGAAGCAGAUCGUGUUUGGUAUACUGAGCAGAAGUGAUAUUGUACACUACCUUAUGAACGAAGGCUCAGAGGAAACACCACCUAAAGUACCCCUUACCAAUGGUUUCCACUAGUUCCCUAGGGACCGUGUUUUGGGAUGAAUCUAUUUUUAGAGUUCGAAACGGUGGACAUUUUAACAUAGAGGUUUCGGACAUUUUAACAUAGAGGUUUUGAACAUUUUUAAUUAAAAGUCUAACGAGCAUUUUAUUUAGGUAUAUUUUCAUUCAAAGAAUAUGCCGCAUGAUUAUUAUAGAUAGGGAUACUGGUUGGGAGCCGAAACAUAUUUGUUCUGACACGUGCCAUAUAUUUACCAGUCAGCUGCCAUCAUUGACCAAUCAAACCCCAAUAUCACUGUCACGUGUCACAUAAUAUGUUUUAUCUCCCACCAGUGUCUAUUGUUUUAGUUUUAGCAUGCUUUGCUUUUUAAUGAGUUGUUUUUUAGGUUUCUUUGUGCAAAGUUAUAUGAUUGGGUUUUUGCGUCAAGUUAAAAUAGUCUACAGUGAAACUCUGGAUUCCGGACCAAACGUUAAAGAUUUGUUAAUAGUCCCGUCGAAAUGCAGUCGAAACCGAGAUUUCAGUUUCCACCGUUUAUUAUGUAUAAUUAGAACAUAGCCGGGAUGUGUGACUUCUACGUCAGGCGUGAUAGUGAAAUUAAUCAUAUUAAGCAUCAUAUUCAUAUAUGAUAUUGAGCAAUGAGCUUCCCAAUUCCUUAUUCCUUUAAUAUCCAGACUAACUUAUUUUCAAAAAAAUAAUCUCUAUUCUCUGUCCGGAUCUAACCGGCCAAAGUUUCACUGUAGUUAAGUUAUAAGUAUUUAAAAGUGUACAUUUCCAUUUUAUAGUGCUGCGAUUUGUAUUGAA